CAGGUGACUUCACACACAGCUGUGUACAGGGAGCUGAGUGCUGCUGUCUAUGACGGCUCUGGAUUAUUAACCUGCUGCUGCCCACCAGAGCACAAUGCCCACCUCAGGGUACAGCAUUAAUACGGAAUAUGGGCACCAGGUGUCUGCCCAGGAUGAGACUUCUCCUCUGCUGGGGGGCCAUCCACAGGGCAGGACAUCGCCCGGAGCCUCCUUUGGAUUUUCAGUCUUCAAUCUAAUGAAUGCCAUCAUGGGAAGUGGAAUCCUGGGGCUAUCUUUUGCUAUGGCCAGCACGGGAAUCAUUGGCUUCAGUGUUCUGCUGUUGAUAGUGGCACUGUUGGCUGCGUACUCCAUUCACUUGUUGCUCCGUUUAUGCAUUCAAACUGCUGUUACGUCCUAUGAGGAUCUUGGCCUCAUCGCAUUUGGUUCACCUGGAAAGAUCAUUGUGGCAAGCACCAUUCUUAUUCAGAAUAUCGGAGCCAUGUCUUCCUAUAUGUUCAUUAUCAAGUCUGAGUUACCAGCUGCUAUUGCGGGGUUUCUGUCAGGUGACCACCAUGGGGCCUGGUAUCUUGAUGGCAGACUGGUAUUAAUAAUCACAUUGGCCUGCAUUGUGUUCCCGUUGGCACUGCUUCCAAAAAUCGGCUUUCUUGGCUACACAAGUAGUUUGUCAUUUUUCUUUAUGGUCUACUUCGCCAUUGUGGUUGUGAUAAAAAAAUGGUCCAUUCCUUGCCCCCUUCCUCUGAACCACACUAUGCUAUACAUGGAGAUGUCAAACAGCUCGGAAUGUAAAGCUAAACUUUUUGAAUUUUCAAAAGAGAGUGCAUUUGCAUUGCCCACCAUGGCCUUCUCAUUUCUGUGCCAUACAUCUGUCCUGCCCAUUUACUGUGAGCUGAGAAGUCCGUCCAAGAGUCGGAUGCAGAAUGUGGCAAACAUCGGAAUAUUCCUGAGCUUUCUCAUCUACUUAAUUUCCGCACUCUUUGGCUACCUCACUUUUUACGAUAAAGUGGAGUCUGAAUUGCUGCAAGGUUAUAGCAGAUUCCUUCCUAAUGAUGUUCUGAUUAUGACUGUCAGGCUCUCCAUUCUACUUGCUGUACUUCUGACUGUGCCACUUAUACAUUUUCCUGCUAGAAAAGCCGUCAUGAUGAUGAUCUUCUCCAAUUAUCCCUUCUCAUGCAUCCGCCAUAUAUUGGUGACACUGGGCCUAAAUAUAACCAUCGUGCUCCUUGCCAUAUAUGUGCCAGAUAUACGGAACGUGUUUGGUGUAAUCGGAUCUACGACUUCGACGUGUUUGCUGUUUGUGUUUCCUGGAAUGUUUUACUUGAAGCUUAGCUUUGAAGACUUUUUAUCUCGGCAGAAACUUGGGGCCUGUGGCUUGCUUGUUCUUGGUAUUUGUAUUGGUGCCUGCAGUUUAACACUAAUUACCGUGAACUGGGCUUACAAUGAAUGAGAGCAUCACGUCGGAGUUUACAUUUGAACAGAAUUUACUGCCAAGGAUAUCCAGUUUCAGGGGGAAAUUGCUGGAGAAAUAGUUUGUGUUCAGAGCACGCCACUCUCUUGCCCUUUGGGUCCUCUGGAAAAAUAAAACUAGUCACCGGCUGAAAUGGGAGACCAAAAGCAAACAUUCACUUUAGGGAGGAACUGCAUAAAUAAACUGGGUGCUGAAUAUUAU